GAAGAGGAAGAUGCUUUCAGAGUGAAAGAGGAGGAGGAUGUUACAGUGAAGGAAGAGAAAGAGGAGGAGGGGGAGAUUACUGUCACAUUGGAGGAAGAAGAGGAGGUUGGAGAUCUGUUUAACACCAGAGAGACACGUGACUAUUGUGGAUCCUCUGCGGAGCCUCAACAACCUCAUGAUGCUGACGAGGCAGAGAAGAGUCUCUCCAGAUCAGAACACCUCAAGAAACACCUGCAGAGAUCCACAGGAAAGAGAACUCACUGCUGCUCCGACCAUGGGAAGAGAUUCACCUCCUCAUCAGGCAUUCAUCAGAGAAUCAACACGGGAGAGAAAUAUUUUAGCUGUACUCAAUGUGGGAUGAGUUUUACUACAUCUAGCCAUCUUAUUGUACACCAGAGAACACACACAGGAGAAAAACCUUAUAUCUGUGAUCAAUGUGGGAAGCGUUUUGUUCAAUCUAGUGAUCUGACAGUGCACCAGAGAAUACACACAGGAGAGAAACCCUAUAGCUGUGAUCAAUGUGGGAAGAGUUUUAUUACAUCUAACAUUCUGACUCGACACCAGAGAAGACACACAGGAGAGAAACCUUAUAGCUGUGGUCAAUGUGGGAAGAGUUUUACUGAAUCUAGCAAUCUGACUCUACACCAGAGAACACACACAGGAGAGAAACCUUAUAACUGUGGUCAAUGUGGGAAGAGUUUUACUACAUCUAGUCAUCUGACUGUACACCAGAGAACACACACAGGAGAGAAACCUUAUAGUUGUGGUCAAUGUGGGAAGAGUUUUGGUCAAUCUGGCCAUCUGACAGUGCACCAAAGAAGACACACAGAAGAGAAACCCUAUAGCUGUGAUCAAUGUGGGAAGAGUUUUAUUACAUCUAACAUUCUGACUCGACACCAGAGAACACACACAGGAGAGAAACUUCAUAGCUGUGACCAGAGAUAAUCUGAUCAAAUAUCAGAAAAUACAUGAAGGAGUUGUUUCAUGAUAUCAAUGAAUUAAUGUCUCAAUGUAGAAUGUUUUAACAUUGUAGUAGGAGUAUUUUAAUAAUGUCACAAUGUAGAAGCCUAAACGUUUUCCCCCUUAUCAAUUGAUUUCGGCAUGAUAUGGAUAUUAGCCCCAGGGGGAAAAAUCUUCAACAAAAGUUACUAACAAAAAAAAAGAGUUGUGUUUAACUUACCACGUUGGUGACCCACUUGAAUCAAAAUGCAACACUUCAAAAUGUAGCUAGCUGUUUACCACGUUGGUGACCCACUGGAAUAGAAAUCCAACACUUCAAAAUGUAGCUAGCUGUUUUCUACAAAUGAUCCUCUAACCAGUGAUGUACACAUUAUUUCGAGAUUCCGUGUGGUUUUUGAGCUGUUAGUUUUAACAGGACGUGCAACCUCCUCUCUCUCCUCUCAGCACAAUUGAUUUCUACAUGAUAUUGAUGAGUGAUGACAAAUAAGUGUUGCGUUCCUUUGUUUAGUGACCCCUACAUUUAAAUGCAUCACUCCAAAAUGUAGCUGACUGUCUUCUGCAGGUUGUCCUCUAACCAGUGAGAUAAAAUAUAUCUCCAAUUUCCAUGUGUUUUUUUAGUUGUGUUAGUUUCAGCAGCACGUACAACCUGAUUUCCCCCCCCAAUCGAUAUCAGUGAUUUAUUGCUACUUGUCAAAACAUAGCGUUUUUGGUUCUUGUGCAGUUUAUAAGGUGCUUGUUUAUAAAAAUUACAAGUAAUAUGAUUAUUGUGGCAGAUGUUUGUGUAUAUAGUACAUUUUAUGUUUAGGUUUUCAAUUAAUCACAAACUGUUUCUGCAUAUUGGUUAUUGAUUUGGACACGUUAAACUGUGUUUUGACAUUGGGACACCUCGCAAUUGAAAAGAAGACUAUGUCCAGCGUCCAAUAUUAGUUUGGUUGUAGUUGAAAGUGAAAGUUUAAAAUCUGUAUUUUUCGGGUCGUUUUUUAAAUUACUUGAAAACGACUUAAUUUCAACAUACUUUCAGGUAGCCUGGUGGUUAGAGCAUUGGGCCAGUAACCGAAAGGUUGCUGGAUCGAAUCCCUGAGCUGACAAGGUACAAAUAUGUCGUUCUGGCCCUGAACAAGUCAGUUAACCCACUGUUCCCCGGUAGGCCGUCAUUGUAAAUAAGAAUUUGUUCUUAACUGACAUGCAUAGGUAAACAAAUGAUAUAUAUACACAUGGAUGCAGUAUAAUCAAUUUGUAUAUAAUCAAUUGUAUUAACAAUCCUACAUCACUACAGUAUUUCUUUACAACAUUCAAGUGCUAAUUGUCUUUAUUCCACUACUGAAGAAGCAUAACUCAAAUCACCUACUCACAUUUCAAACAUCCAGCCUGACAAAAUAUACAUGUUUUAUUAUUCCAUGCCUCACCAUGAAGUUAAUUAUUGCCAAUACAUAUUAACAAAGGGGUGACAUUGGGGACUGGGCCCAGAUCCAACAACAUGCCUGUCGAGUGAACCCUGAAAAGAGAGAGAAGCCAAAUGUACUUUUGUUUGCCUCUUCUUGGGCAGAUUUAGUAGCUCUCAUGGUGGGUGUCUUUUAGGUCCCAGUUGUUGUCACUAGUCAACUUUCAGUGGACACCCCCAUAGUGUCUUUCAGAGCCCCUCCUAAAACCCCAUGUGUUUUGUUUGUUGUUGUUAGUUCCCUCUUCUGUUUGAGGGACCUCCUAAAAAAACAAGCUUAUAUUUUGGGUUGGAUAUUGCAUUCAAUUAAUAUUUUAAUCAAUGGCAUUUCCUUAGGGUGCUCAUUAGUCUUUCAGUUGUUGUUAUUCUGUUCAUUGUGUUAUAAAUAUUUCUGUUUAUUUUCAUUUUAUUUUCCUGUGAAGCCAUUGUGUUGCAUCCAUGUCUGAAAUGUGCUGUAUAAAUAAAGCUUGAUUUGAUUUCAACAAAUGAACCCAAUGACUGACCAAUCAACAGACUCUUGGUCCCUCUUAGUAUGUAAAUCAGUA